AUGCCGCAACUCGAAUGGGCCUUGCUCCGGAGCUCUUGGCCAACCUGCUUGGCAAGCCAGGUCGCCUUCCUCGAGGAGAUUGAUGCCGAGGAUUGGCUGCUCUUGGCGAACUCUUCGCAGCAAGAGGAGCUAUCCCGCCGCCUUCUUGGUUGGGAGUCAUUUGGCAUUUACAAAGUGACAACAAAGUGGGGAGACAGGGUCGUGAAAGUUUACUCCCAGAGUGGAGGCUGCUGCAAUUCAACUUUGGUCGCCAUAGUGCGACGAGUACCUGCCGCAACUUUUCUUGUGAAAGGAACCUUUACAAUGACCAAGAAAAGCAUCAAGGUGAUCUACCACCACGCUGCAUCUGGAGAGGAGUUUGGGCGAACCUACAUACCACAACACCGCCGCCAUGUCACACUAAACAUGGUGGCUGGAUUUGCAGCUAAGCAAGCUAUGCGUCUCAAACUCUUGGAAAGCCACAAUCAAGGGAUGGCCUUCCUUGUUGGAAGCUCCGCCACGCUGCUGCGCCGUGAGACCGUUCUCUGGGCAAGAGCGAUGGCCAGGCCUCAGCCUGAGGGGCGGUGUACAAAGAAGACCAACGUGAAAGCGGCGCAGUUUGGCCGCCACGUCAGGUCCCUGACCCAAUGCCUUCGCGUCAAGGCUCGCGGCAAUGGAAAGAAGUGGCAUGGCAAGCUGUGCUGCUAUGAGUUGGCCCCGCCCGGUCUGUCCGUCAAAGCUUCAUAUUGCGGAGAUCCACCGUGGAUCUUCUCUAGGAUGAAGGGUCUGACGCUCACCGGCUGGCAUUGCGAGACCAAGACCACAAGUGGAGCCAAUGCUUCGUUGAACACGUUCGAAAUACGCUUAGGCCUCAAUGAGAUCAGUCGACAUGGCAUCAUGAACUUGGACGACUACCGUCGCGUGAUGCAGAAGCUCCAAGUGCCCUUGGACGAGGAUCAGGUGGAGCGUGUCUUCACCUUCGCGGACCGCAACAAGGAUGGGAGAUUGACCUUUGAGGACUACGUGAAGUUAGUGGCCUUGGGCAUGUGA